UGUUUCCUUCCGCGGAAGCUUCUGUCCUUGUACCAUUUCAGAGCAUUUCAGCAACACCUUGGUCCUUGUACUUUGUACAUUGUACUCGAUCCAGCGGAACCUGAAGUCUGAUAAACCACCUUUCUACGUCCAACUGUCUCUUUCAUCCCCAUCAACCCUCGAAUCUAGCCACAUUUCCAUAUCGCUCCUAGGUAAACCCACUUGAAUGCAUCUCUCGAAACUCCCUCUGGAGAUAUUGGACUCCAUUCUAUCCGACCUCGAUAGACACACUGAUCUGAUUGCUUUGGCUCUGGCUGCUAAAGAGCUUUUUCGAAUCGUCGUCCCUCGACACAGUGAAUACCGAGUGCUACGCAUACGACAUCGAUUUCCUGGUCUUUGGGCCCACUUAGCUAGGCGUGCAGAUCUCAGUCGCAAUAUCAGAGAGAUCCACAUCUGUCAGAAGAAUGACCAGGCUAUCAUCGAGCACUAUCCUGCAGCGUCAGUAUCCUCUGCUAUGCCGGAAGGUAUGCUUGAUCCCUGGAACGAGGAAAAAGAACGAGUUCCCAAUUUCCUCGUUGCCAUGGGUUACAUGGAGCAAUUGAAAACUUUUCAGUGGGACUUCAGGUACGAUGUUGGGAGUCUAUAUAUGAGCUCUGAGCAGGAGCUGCAGCUUUUGGGAAGCUUGAGUAAGAUUGCGUCGAUUGAGAGGCUUGUUUUGGCAGGAGAUUUGCAGUGCCUCUCGCCCUUGGUGAAGAAUCUCCAAUUCCAAUCGGUUUGGAACAUGCCUAAUUUACAGGAUCUAACGCUAAUGGGAAACGUAUGGAGCUCACCGGCAGCAUUACCAUCUCUCAAAUAUGUAUUGAAGCAGUCAUCCCAGCUCAAGCGUCUUCAGAUUCCGAUCGAAGCAAUAGGGAUAUGUGACUUUGUCAUUCCAACUCUCAGACAGCUUUCGCUCUUCCUCCAAUCUGGUACAACCUCCAACUUGAUCAAGCAAUGGAAUGGCUUCCUUGAAAACCACCCGCUACUGGAAGAUCUCUGGUGUAAUCCAUCCUCUACUAUGGUGCUGCCGCGCAACGGACUCACCAAGCUCAAAAGACUGUCAAUCGAGCGGAAUUUUUUGGAUUCAUUCCAAGAUUCUGAGAAGGUUCCUGAGUCGAUUGAGUGUCUCCAGUAUACCAGCUUCCGCUUCAAUACCGGCGUUGUCCCUCCUAGUCGAUGUAAUUUCGAAAAAUUGAAGAAGCUAUACCUGUUGACAGUCAAGGCGGAAGACGAGCUGUAUGCGAUUGCUGCGAGCUGUCCUGCACUUACUUGGUUGCAUAUUCAUGAAUGCGUCAAGUUUGAGCUGGAUGUCUGGCUCGAUUUUCUGUCUUCCUUCCCUGACCUAGAGGUCUUUAGAGGUCCUGGGAUCUGGAUAUCUGUAGAAGACGACAAUAAUAUGAUGCACAUAGCUAUCAUGAAGCUCGUUCAACGAUGUAUGAAGCUUCGAGAGCUAGACCAUCGGAGUGUUCAUGGAAAACGGGGAAAGCAUCGAAAUAUUGUUAUAAGUAAGACACAAAUGGAUGAUGGAUUACAUGUUGGUUAUGAAGUGCAACGUCCGCGUACGAGGUAAGCACAUCGCAACACCAAAUGGCGUAAUCUCCUUGAACGUCCUUCCUUUCCAGGGAUCGUAUCUACUUUAUGGACGAUGCGUUCACUUGAGACCAUUGCUAGGUCGUUGGACAUGCAGCAGCAGCAGCAUUAUAUAGCAUUAUCUCCACGUCCUACAUAAGGGCCGAAAAUCAUGGAGCAGUCGAUGUAGUGUUUUGCUUUCGGACAAGUAUUCGGGGGUAACAGGUUCCUUGUGAACCUUUGUCAAAUAUGGACUUGUACAUUAUCGCGCUUUGUAAAUAUGGUUGUUUUAAUGUGUAGGGAAACUCAAGGGAAAUUCUGGUACAUGAUUGAAUGAACUAAA